AUUCUCUUUCGCUAAACCCUAAAGUUUUCCCUUAGGGUUUUAUAGUUGUCUCCUCCUCCCGCUGCUUCCUUCUUUUUCCCCCCCACAACUUGUAAUGGGUAAAUCUAUCAAGAAGUCCGCCACCAAGGUUGAUGCUGCUGUAGUUGCUCCAACGAAACCCAUGAAGAAAGGGAAGAGAGAAGCUGAGGAUGAAAUUGCCAAGUUGGUUAGUGCAAAGAAGCAGAAGAAAGAUGCGGUUGUAGCACAAGCUGUUGAGAAAAAGAAGACUGAUGUCAAAACUCAAAAGAAGAACAAGCAAGAAAGCAGUUCCUCUGACGAUAGCUCCUCUGAGUCGGAAGAUGAGAAGCCUACUAAAGCAGUGGUGCCUCCUAAGAAAGUGACUCCUGCCAAAAAAGGAAAGGUAGCCAGCAGUUCUGACGACUCAGAUUCUUCAGAUGAGGAUGAAGCUCCUGCUAAGAAGGUUGUUGCAGCUUCAACUAAGAAUGGCGUUGCUGCUAAGAAGAAAGAUGAGUCAAGUGAUGAUUCGGAUGAUAGCAGCUCCGAGGAAGAUGUACCUGCACCCAAGAAACCUUCUACUAAUGGCGCUAAGAAAGACGAGUCAAGUGAUGAUUCUGAUGAUAGCAGCUCUGAGGAUGAUGCUGUUGUUAAGAAGGCACCUGCUGUUGUUAAGAAGGCGCCUGCUGCUGCCUCUAAAAAGGAAGAAUCCAGCGAUGACUCCAGUUCAGAUGAUGAUGAACCUCCCUCUAAGGUAGCUGCUCAACCUAAAAAGGCUCCUCAAGCUGUGAAGAAGGCUAGUGACAGCUCUGAUGAUUCUGAUUCUGAUUCUGAUUCUGAUUCAGACAAGGUAAAGGCUGCUACUGAAUCUAAAAAGGCUGCUACUGUAUCCAAAAAGGUUGCUUCAUCUGAUGAUGACAGUGAGGAUGAUAGUUCUGAGGAGAGUGAUGAAGAGCCUCAAAAGAAAAAGAGCAAGGCCUCUACCACUCCAGUUGUCUCAAAAACUCCAGAGAAGAGUAGUUCUGAGGAAUCUUCUGACUCAGAGGACUCCUCUGAAGAUGAGGAGGGUGACAAACCAUCCAAAACUCCCAAGAAGGGUGCUGAUGUAGAAAUGGUUGAUGCUCCUUCUGCUAAAGCUCAACAAACCCCUAUUACUCCUAAAGCCCAAACUCCAGGGGGAUCGAAAACAUUGUUUGUUGGAAAUCUAUCCUAUUCAGUCGAACAGGCGGAUGUGGAGAAUUUCUUCAAAGAUGCUGGAGAAGUUCAGGAAGUGCGCUUUUCGACACAUGAGGAUGGUUCGUUUAAGGGCUAUGGUCAUGUUGAGUUUGUCACUGCUGAAGCUGCACAUAAGGCACUUGAACUUAAUGGGCAUGAUCUUUUGGGCCGUGAUGUGAGGUUGGACCUGGCUCGUGAGAGGGGAGAAUAUACACCUCGCAGUGGAGAUGAGAACUCAUUCCAGAAGCCGGCGGCUAGAAGUGAUGGAACAACAAUUUUUGUCAGGGGCUUUGACAAAAAUGAGGCUGAAGACCAGAUUAGGAGUUCACUGGAGGAGCACUUUGCAUCUUGUGGGAAGAUCUUUAAAACAAGAAUUCCUACAGACCCAGAAGGCUAUAUUAAAGGGAUGGCUUAUAUCGAGUUUGCAAAUGGUGAUGCUGAUGCUCUAAACAAAGCUCUUGAGCUUGAUGGAUCAGAAGUUGGAGGGUUUAGCUUGAAUGUGCAAGAAGCAAAACCAAGGGGUGACAGUUCAGGUGGAGGUGGCAGAGGUUUUGGUGGUAGAAGUGGUGGUAGGGGUGGAGGUAGAGAUAGUGGUGGUAGAUUUGGCGGUCGUGGUGGUGGAGGCCGCUUUGGUGGUGGUGGUCGCUUUGGUGGUGGUGGACGCGGUGGAGGUGGUGGACGUUUUGGCAGUGGAGGCAGAGGACGAGGAACUCCCAACAAGCCAAGCUUCACUCCAUCUGGUAAGAAGACUACCUUUAGUGACGAGUAACUUUGUCGCUGGGACUUUAUGGCCAACUUAUCUUGAUCUCGUGGACGUUUUAUCUUAUUUUAAAAAUAUUAUAAAUUUUGUUAGCAAGAACUUUAGUAGUUAGUAGACAAGUCGGAUAAUUUUGUUUCUUUUGAGUUUAUGUACCAUUCUUUGUGGGUGGAAAAUGAGUUUGUUCAUUGUUGAUAUCCAGUGUUUG